ACUGGAGAUUAUUUAUGACAAAACAUGACAGAUUAUCGUAUUCAAAGGCAGGGUGUGGGAUUACGUGGCGAGUCAAAAUCUGCGGGGAACAACAGAGGGAAGUCGGCCCGUGUUAGUGAUUAGUAUUAGCAACAGUAUGUAACAAUCGGCAUGCUUGGAUUCUUGCUGGCGGCGUUUUAAAUCAGUAAACACACGUGUUCUGGACAGGUCGGGAUGUGUACAGUAUGUCCCUGCCUAGGGCUACACCGCGUAGGUAACAAACCUCGUGAACACCUGACCGGUAAACGAUCACACUAACAAACAGUAUCAUCGGAUUUGGUCCCACAUUGUAGUCACCGUCUUGCCGUGUCCUGCACAAACACACACCUGGCUGGGCAGUGCAGAUAUAGAUGAUCCGUAGGCAGUGACAGAACCAGUCGAAAAGAUGUGGACAUCCGGGCACGACCUUCUCUCGUAACUGAUGUAUGUUGUCUAAGGUGUAGUCAUGUUGCCAAGGAAACCGGGGUCACGUGGCAUGCAGAGGGACGAGUCGUUUGACUUCGACUCCCGGGCCGGCAUCAAGAACCACAUAGAGGAAAGACUCCUUAAAACCAGACUGGAUCAUCUAAGACGAGAGCAACAAAUCCGUUUUAACGUCUUGACUUAUGAGACAAACAAAGUCCGUCAGCUACUGAGACAGAUGCCUCCUCCACUCAGCUUGUCCAGGAGUGGCCAACAUCCGGGAUCUCCGCGCCAUGUUGAUGAUGAAGGUGUACCUUCCCAGAAAGGUAAAAACACCAAUGACGUAUCACAGAUCAAGAGACCGAUUGCGACUGUUGCGUGGCAACAGACUGAUUCUGGUAGAAAUGGCGCGGAAGAAUCACCUCAAUAUCAAAGUACAUCUAUUUUGAACAAGCGUGCGUCGCACAAUAAUCAUGGCGGGCAUACCCAUCAUGCUUUGGAAGGACGGAUGGAGAGACAGAACUCUGGUGCCCUAGUAGAUAUGCGGAGAUGCAGCAGCGUCAAAAACGGAUGGCUCGGCCGAGUUCGGACAAACCUCGAGGACGUUACGCAUGGCAGAGAAAGCAUUGACCAGGGAGGCCGUAGAAGGGCCCGAACGUGUGUUCCACUGAGUAGGACGUCGACGUUUGAAGGCGAGGACGGUUUCAGACGACGGUCCAGAAGUAACACCAUGCCGUUGGAUAGAAGUGGACAUCGCACCCCAGGUUCCCUCACGAUGUCUCGCUGUCUUACAAAGAACAUGCAGCAGAACACAAGACGUUGUCGGUCAUUCCAGGUUCUGAAGACUGUGCAGAUGUCGCAGCAGUCGGCUGUGAAGAGGACAUGGCCGGUACGGGAAGAGAUCAGCACAAAAUUGUUGAAAACUAGAAAAUGGUGGAAUGUACAAGGCGUCAUUAGGCAAAAAGUACAGGCAUUUCUCACAAAGGAUCUACCUCCGUCCGGGGUGCAUUGGNNAGACAUGUCUGAUAGUUCAGAUGAUGACGACGGGGAGAUGCAGUAGUACGUAGUUUGAAUGUUUGCAACGACACCUAGCGACAUCCUUACGCAUACCAGCUGACAUCUAAUAGAUGUAAUCUCUUUUACCGAUGGAGUUCUAAUAAAGCACUAUCAUCUUACACGGCUCCAACAAAACAUCAGUCAGUUAAACAACCGUCCAUUUCAACACUAUUGUAUUGAUUAUCCUACAUGUAAAUGCGGUUAUCAUCGAAACAAUUAAGCACUACCUUCUGCAUUGUAAACUUUUUAUCAGCCAAAGAACUGAUCUAUUAUCAUCUCUCUCCAUUAUACUGCACCUACAAUUACUGUAACUCAGUGACAGCACAUUAGGUUAUUUAAUGCUACAAAGGUCAACGUCACUUUCACAUUUGCAACUAUGCCAUCCUCGAUAUAGCUAUAGUCAACGCUUUCAUUCAUUGAAGGGGAAGGUUGAUACAACACUUUUUUUGUUACUGUUUGUAUUUAUUUUUGUUUGUUGAUAUUGAGUUUUUGCUCUUGCUUUAAAUCUGUGAUUUGAGUAAAAGGCUUUAAAUAAGUAAUGUGCGUCUUGCGUUUUGCGUGUUGAUGCUCAUAAAAUAUAUCACUGACUGAAAUAAAAGAGAAAAAAUAAAGAUGAAUAAAAGAAAGCACUGUUGCCUGGCUAACCGACAUCAAGAACAAUCCAAUGUUACCGACCUUACUGUCGGUCCUUUUUUAUUUUGUGAGUGAGAUACUAAGUACAUUGUAUAUGUCCUUUCACAGAGAUCAGGACGCAUGUGCGGCGACAGGAAUU